CCAGCGGUUCGAAGAGGAAGCAUGAUCAGCGCCGCCGGCCGAUUCUUCCGCUACUACAUGGAUCGCGAGCCCGUGGUCGUCGCGUCGUUCGCCCUUGGCACGCUCGGCCUCUCGAUGCCCCUUAUCGUCGUGCCCCUGCGCCGCAGCCUCGGCUACCCCACGGACCAGUACGACGGCCCGAUCAUCCCCGAAUCGUUCAAGCCCAAGCAGCAAUAAGGUGGGGCGCGUAGACGACAAUGGAUUGGCAUCGUUGGCCAUCGUAGAGCGCUAACGAGGUACAAACAUACAUAUAUGUGGAAUCCACGAUCUUUGCCUCUA